AUGCCCGGGACAUUCCAAGUGCCCGCGAGAAACGAACUUGAGUCUCGACUAGCGCCCAUUCUGACCCCCGAGCAGCAAGAGCUGUGGCUCCCGGUGCUGCUGAGAUGUGCCGGCCAACUACGAUCGAGCCGCUCGCUCCUCGACGAGAUCCAGAACUCGACACUCGACCAGAGUAUUGCUGUCUGUUUCCUCCCCGAGAGGAUCUCCGCACAGUGCCGCUACCGAGUGGAAAAGGGCAUCUUCGCCGCCUUCUUUCCUAAUAUAAAGCAGGGCGAGCAGGCUUGGCAUCAAUUGGACGAGAGUGACAAGCGAGGGCGAUGA